AUGCCGCCCGAUCAGGCCCCACACGAGUUCCCAAACGUCAAGGCGAAGCUCCAGAAGCCAACGAAGCAGUCGGCCUUUGAGAAGCAAAAAGCAGAAGCCGAGGCCAAGCGCCUACGCGAGGAAGCUGAGACCGCGGCCGUAUACCAGGAUUUCAUCAAGAGCUUUGAUCGAGAGGAAAGCGGCGAUGGAAACGAGGACAAUGGGAGGAGAUCAACGCCGUUUGGCUCACAGGGCUUCCAAGGUCCCAGGUCCGGACUUGGCGGGCCUGCGCCAGGAACCUCGAGGCGACAUUUUGGCGCGCCCAAUGUGAGGAGUGGCCCGGGGAGCCUCGGGCCAGCACCGAAUGCGUUUACGAAGAAGCGAUCUUAUCAGGACAUGGCGCGAGGGCCAAGGAAUAGGCAUGAUGACUUUGAUCGAUCGUCCUUGUCAGUGCCGAAGGCGUUCCGCACGAGCGACGAUGAGGAUGAGGAGAUGGGCGGUGCGACCGACAAGGCGGAAGAGAAAGCCAUUGCUAGGCCUACGUUGCGCUUACUCAACCUGCCCUCCUUAUACUCACAGGCUGCUAUCAGGUCCAAACUUCCUUCCAACCUGGUUGUAGAGGAGGUGAAUUUCCAGAAUCUUACAGGGGCUGGCAACUAUGACACGAGAGUCAAGACUGCUAUCGUGACACUCUCAAAGGAGACGCCAGCCAACGAUAUCGACGCAGCGGUCAGCUCUCUACAGAACGAAUAUCUGGGCUGGGGGCAAUACUUGUCGUUGCAUCGACACCUUUCAUCUGCCGUUACCAGCGCCUCGGCUCUUACGAACCUUCCUGGCUCAGGGUCUGAAUCACAUCCAUUCGGGGCAAAGCCGGUUGAACAACCUUCCGAUUCACACAGCACACAAAGAGACUCCGGCUUCCAUCGAGGCUUUGCGCCGCCAACUAGCUACGAUCGUGAGAUUGGCAAUGUCAGCAGAGGCAAACUCCUCCACGUCCCGGUCAAACCCCCGGAUGAUAUCAGGAUUCUUCGAUUAAUCAACAAGACUAUUGAGCAAGUUCUCGACCAUGGCCCCGAAAUUGAGGCGCUCCUUAUGUCACGGCCAGAGGUGCAACGCGAAGAGAAAUGGGCGUGGAUAUGGAAUGCCAGAUGUCCAGGGGGUGUGUGGUAUAGAUGGCGACUGUGGGAGAUUGUUACUGGCUCAGGACAUCAGACAAAGAGACCAAAGUAUGUGCCUCUAUUCGAUGGUGGCAGUGCCUGGAAGGUCCCAGAGCAGCGCCUCCCUUUUGAAUACACUACGAAAAUCGACGAGUUUGUUUCGGAUUCGGAAUACAAUUCAUCAGACGACGAAGAUUUCGACGGUGAAGGAAACCGCGAUAAUCAGGGAGAUGAGAAGGAGAAGACCUUUCUCAACCCCCUGGAGAAGGCCAAGCUCACCCAUCUAUUAGCCAGGCUUCCCCCGACAAUGUCGAAAUUACGAAAGGGGGAUAUAGCCAGAGUUACGAAUUUUGCAAUUGCCCACGCUAGCCGUGGCGUCGAUGAGGUGGUCGACAUGAUGGUAUCAAACAUCGAGAAGCCUUUCUCUUUGACAAUGGCCAACAGGGAUAGAAAUCAGGACAAAAAGGAGGGCAGUGCGCAAGGGCCUGCUGCAGAUGAGAACAAUGCAGCUGACGCGCAAGAUGCCUCCGCCGCAAGUUUAGUUGGGCUCUAUGCUGUCGGCGACAUCCUCUCCUCGUCGUCUUCGAGCGGUGUACGCCACGCAUGGCGAUUCCGACAACUCUUUGAGGUAGCGCUACGGAAUCGCAAAGUCUUUGAGCGCUUGGGUCUGAUGGCUGAAAAGUUCAACUGGGGCCGUCUACGAGCAGAGAAAUGGAAACGGAGCGUCCAUUUGGUCCUAAGCUUGUGGGAGGGUUGGUGCGUCUUUGCUGCAGAAAGUCAAGAUCUCUUUGUACAAAGCUUUGAAAACCCUCCCUCAGCCAAGGCCGAUGAAAAGCCGGAUGAAGGGCAGAAGAAGAAUAAGUGGAAAGUGGUGGAGCAGAAUCAAACACAGGAGACAGGCUCGAAGAGUCCCUCGGUGGCAGCGCAGGGGACAGAUCUGGUUUCUCACGGUAAGCCUGGCGAGCCUAUGGAGGAGGAUGACGUAGGUGGUGAGCCGAUUGAGGAUGAGGACAUCGAGGGUGAGCCUAUCGAUGAGGAUGAACUCGAGGGCCAGCCAAUAGACGACGAUGAUAUUGAGGGGGUGCCGAUCGAAGAGGACGAUAUAGAGGGCGAGGCGCUUGGCCAAGAGGAUCUGAAGCCAAUGAAGGAGGACACAGUUCGAACAAGUCAUGCUUCGUCACAUUCUGCCACGGCGGGAGACAAGGGGCCCGCGGACAAGGUUCUAACAGAGUCCAAGGGUGAACCCAGCGGCGCCAGUCACGCAGAUCUCUCCCGCCCCAAAGGCGUUGGCCGUAAGCCAAGAAUGCGUGCGGUCGACAUGUUUGCUGACUCCGACUCGGACGGUGGUUCUUGA